CAUGCGAGCCAUACAUGAGUCUUACAAUUCAUUUUAUUGAAGAUUGGGAAAUGAAAACUGCGUGUCUUCAAACCAGCUAUUUCCCCCAAGACCACACAGGGGAGCAUAUAGCUGAAGCUCUGCAUGAUGCGCUUUUAAACUGGAAGCUUGACGAAAAGGGACUGGUUGCUAUAACAACCGACAAUGGCAGCAACGUAAUCAAGGCGGUGGAACUAAAGAAAUGGCAGAGGAUGCAGUGCUUCGGUCACCGACUUCACCUGGCCAUUGGGCAUGGCAUGGAUGACAGCCGCAUCACUCGGGCCAUUUCUCUGUGUAAGAAAGUGGUCAGCAGCUUCUCCUAUAGCUGGCGAAAAAGAAGAGAACUUGGUGAAGUUCAGAUUCAGCUCGGUCUGCCAGCUCACCAGCUCAUCACCGAGUCAGCCACACACUGGGGAUCACGACAGCAAAUGAUUGAGCGGUUCCUGGAGCAGGGGCAAACAAUUACAAAAGUUCUGUCUGAGGAUAAAAAGUCCAGGCAUCUCGUUCCUACAUAGCAGGAUAUCGAGGUCCUGGAGGCAAUCCAAAUGGCUCUGAAACCCCUUCAAGACUUCACAGAUGCGCUCUCGGGUGAGGAGUAUGUCACCAUCUCAAAUGUCAGACCUGUACUGCACCUUUUCAACACAAGUCUCCUGGCACAUGAAGAUGAUGACAGUGAGCUAUGCAAGUUAAUCAAAACCUGCAUUGUUGAUUACCGCAAUGCCAAGUAUGCUGAGCCAGCAACUAGUGACCUGUUGGACAUGGCCUCACUUGUGGACCCACGGUUCAGAGACAAAUACAUACCAAGUGAAAAGGUCAAUGCAGUGAAAAACCAAGCUGUCGUAGAAGUGGAAUCUCUCCUGGCCGAUCAGGGCAGCCGUCAGCCUGACACAGCUGAGCACACUGUGCUUGUGCCUACAGACCAAGCAGAAAUAAUGCCGCCAACAGCAAAGAAGAAGAAAUCGCUGGCAAGCUUCUUCAAGCAAUGCACAGGCACAGCAAACACAAUAAGCACUGAACUGACAAGGAGGGAGGUAACUGAAAAAGAACUUUCCAGCUACUUGCAGUCACCUAAUGUAGAGAGUGACACUGAUCCUCUUAAAUGGUGGAAAGAGCAUGAAACACUCUUUCCAGCACUGAGCCACUUGGCAAAGAAAUAUCUUUUAGUACCAGCCACCAGUUCACCUUCCGAAAGGGUUUUUAGUUGCAGUGGUAACAUUGUAACUUGCCAUAGGGCCUCCCUUAAACCUGAAACUGUUGAUAUGCUAGUUUUUCUUGCACAAAACCUGUAGGAGGUAAAUCCUACAAUACUUUUUGUUGUGUUACUAUUUACGUUUGUUUCUUUUUUGCUAUGACAAUGUAGCUAUGUUUUCUAUGGUUCUGUUUACUUUGUUAUUUGCACAGUAGCACAGUAGAGCUGUGUAUAGUGUGAAGCAGAAAAAAAACC